CUUCAACAGCUCCAACCACACGUCCUAUGACCACAGCUACAAAACUCCCAACUUCGCCAACAACCCAGGCAUCAGCAGUUCAAACCACACGUCCGACGAUCACCACUUCAAAGCCUGAGGUAUCGGCAACAACCCAGACAGCAAAAGGCACCGAACUCCGGCCGCAACCCUCCGGUUCGCCCACUAAGACGUGCAGCAUCGACAAUUGCAAGCCUCCCAAGUGCACAUGCAUGAGCGAGAAACCUCCGGGAGGACUCAGCGUGGGGGACAUGCCUCAGUUCGUGAUGCUGACCUUCGACGACGCUGUCACGAAGCAAAACAUGCAGUUCUACCGGGAGCUUCUCGGGGGUCUCAAGCGCAAGAACAAGGCCAGUGGUUGCGGCAUCGCGGCCACUUUUUUUCUCUCGGCCGAGUAUCUUGACUACCCGUCCGUGAACGAGCUCUACAGAGGCGGCAACGAAAUUGCGCUCCAUUCCAUCAGCCACAAUACAGAUACAUCUGGAAGCUACUGGAAUGAGCUGGACACGGAGAAAUGGGAGCGCGAGGUCGUCGACGAGAGGAAGAUGGUAGCGAAGUACGCCAACGUUUCCGAAGACGACAUCAGGGGUCUCCGGGGUCCCUUCUUCUUCACCGGGGGCGACGCAGGGUUCCGGAUGCAACACCGUCACCUUGACUACGACUGCACGCUGAUCCACAAGCGGGACGGCCCAGAAGACGCCCCGGUAUUCCCAUACACGCUCGACUACGGCUUCCAGAAGCCUUGCAUGGUGAAGGAGUGUCCCAACGACAGCUAUCCCGGCCUCUGGAGUGUUCCCCUAAACUAUCUGUUUAGAAAAUAUAAGGAGGAAGGAGUCGACAAAUAUGGGCACUGUGCGAUGGCGGACGCCUGUACACCGAUACUGGAAUCUUCGGAGGACACCUUCCAGUACCUAAGGGACAACUUCGAGAACUUCUACACUACGAAUCGGGCGCCGCUUCCCGUCUUCCUCCACGAGGCGUGGCUCAAGGACGAAGAACGAAAGAAAGGCUACCUAAGGUUCGUGGACUGGCUCCUGGAAAAAGAAGACGUGCACCUGGUCACCGUCUCCGAAGUGCUCGACUUCAUGAGGGACCCCAGGCCCAGGACCAGCUACGCUCAGCGCCGCUGCACCAAAGACCUGCCCGAGUCCACGUGUCCGAAGACGAGAAACUGCCAUUACCCAACGACGACGCGCGGAAAGGAACGGUACAUGAACGUCUGCGGAACGACCUGUCCCACCAACUACCCGUGGAUCAACAAUCCGGACGGCAAUUAGCGCCACCAAGAACCUAACCUCCCCCCUCC